AUACUAUGCUCUCUCUAAUCACAAUUUUGAUGAACACCUUGACAAGUAAUUAAUUUUCUCAGAUAUUCAUUCCAGUUAUUGAAGCUCUCUAAUAUGGAAGAAGAUAUGGUGACAAUGCAUUCGAUUCUCUCUAGAAAGUUAAACUUCAAUGCUCCUCUUUUGUCAACAAAGCGUCUCGGUUAUUCAGAUUUUGCAGUUCCAUCUUGCUUGUCAAAUUCACUUGAUACUGUACGAGUUCCAUUUUCAUGGGAACAAUCCCCGGGCAAGCCAAAAGACUCGGAGAAGGUUGAUAGCAUCGAUGAUGUAGAAACCCCUCGGCCAAGACUUCCUCCAUGCCUCUGGCGUCCAAAAAAAGUAGCAGCUGAACCUGAUGAAAAUAACAGUGUAAUUGCAUUUGAUAAAGACGAUGGUUGUGAUGGUGACGACGACGAUGACAACAACAAAAAGACUGAUGUUUUCUCAGAUGCAUUCGAUGUUUUAUCUCUAUCAGAAGCCUUUGACAUUAUCCAACAAUCAGAGACAAAAGCACAUAGUGACAGCAAUGAUGGGUUGAGGUUAAAGCUUGAAGAAUUUAAUGGCAAUCAAUCUCCAACUUACAUGAUUAAUCGCUUUCUUCCCGAUGCUAAUGCAUUGGCUGCGUCAUCUGUUUUACAUUUUUCCAACGAUUUCGACAAGAAUCACGGGGUUUGUCUUAGAGGUUCAGACAGAAAUUCAUGUGCUUCUUCUCCAAAAGGAUGUGGCUUGGGACUUCUUUUCUCUUGGGGUAUGAAGCAUAAGUUUUGUUCUAUAAAAAACCCUGUUCUUCCAUGCUCUACAAAUGCACAGAACUUUCAGCACAAUUCAAAGCAUAAGAAACAAUGUUCAUCAGUCCAUAAAAAACAUGCAGAGAUGUGAAAGUUGGUAUUUGACAAAUACAAUAGUUUGAUAUAUUGUUUGAUAACUUAGUUCUUUUUGUUCA